UUUUACUGAGACCACACAACGGAUUUGGACUUGACGCCGUUAGACAGUAACUGUAUUUUCAACCUCAUGAUCUCGUGUUUGUAGGAGUCGGUCUGGGCUUGUCUAUUUCUCAAUAAACGGUUCUCCGUUUUAACCACAGAGAAUUAGACACAUCGAGUUUCUGUCAUCUCACCUAUCUCUGGCGAGACAACUCGCAAUCUCGCCGGAGAUUCUGUUUCUUUGCCGUCUCCAUUGAUUCCGACAGAUAAUUCUAGCAAAAGAAAAGUUAAAAGGAGGGAGAGAGAGAAUAAUGAAGAUUGAAUAAUUAUAAUAAUAAUAAAUAGUAAAAUAAAUAAAUGGAGAAGUAAAGAAAGGAGGAGGUAGUGGUUAACGUGCAAUGCAGGGAAAAGAGAAGAAUCAAGUUAGGGUUUGGAGGAUCUUGCAAGGCACAGAUGCCAAGAUGAUAGCUUAUGCAAUCAAUUUUCCUUGCCUUAUGGCGUAAUUUAUUCCAGUGUCAACUCUGUUUAAAUUCCUUCUUCGCUUUGUCUCUCUUCGCUCUGAAUUUUCAUCCACUUUUAUAAUUUAAUAAAGAAUUUCCAUUACUGGAGCCGGAGGGAAAAGAGAUAUAUAAAGGUGUGCAUGCAGCAAUACACCGGCCGUAGAUGGAAUUGCAUUGAACUCCUGUUUUUUUCUCAUUUUGCGGUUUGUAGAUUUGGUUAGGUACCAUUAUCAAUGAUUAUGCCAUCUGAAACUAUGGAAUUACCGAGUUUUUUCUCAGGCGAUGAGAGGCAGGUUGGAUUUUGGAAGUCGGACACCAUGCCUGAUCACUAUGCCAGUGGGAAAUCAGUUGCUAUGUCAUCCCUAGAAAAUCUUGGAGCAGUGGAACGUCAGUCAGCAAAGUCAUUUGAGCUUCAUCAGUCUCUCUUAAUGAGGGAUCAAAAAUUGAAUCACAGCUUGGAUAGGCAUGCGGUGGGGUCAGAGAGAGCAGCGAGACAGUUCUCAACUUUGUUGAGACCUGUGAUCCAGGACCCAGGGACAAGAUCUAGUUUGAAUGUACAGCCAUCAACUUAUUAUCCUGAAGGUGGCAAAGUUGAUAUAAUGGCAAAUCAGUACGAGAAUAGUCUCUUCUCCAGCUCAUUAUCGGAGUUAUUUAGUAGAAAGUUGAGAUUAUCCUCAAACAAUGUUUUAUAUGGCCAUUCUGUGGAUACUGUUGCCUCGCACUUUGAGGAACAGGAACCUUUUGAAUCACUUGAAGAAGUUGAGGCUCAAACCAUCGGGAAUCUUCUCCCCAGUGAUGACGACUUGUUUAGUGGAAUGACUGAUAAGCUGGACAACACCAUCCAAUCUAAUGGCAGAGAUGAUGUGGAAGAGUUGGACUUUUUUAGCAGUGUUGGUGGAUUGGACUUGGGAGAUGAUGGUUCAACACCACAGAAUGAUACUGAUUUUGCUGGAGGAAUUUCUAAUGGUCAGCCAGGGACAGGGUCCAGUAAUGGAUCAAUAGCUGGAGAACAUCCUUAUGGUGAACAGCCUUCUAGGACCCUUUUCGUGAGAAACAUAAAUAGCAAUGUUGAAGAUUCUGAGUUAAGAGCCCUAUUUGAGCAAUAUGGAGAUAUCCGCUCACUUUACACAACCUGCAAGCAUCGUGGUUUUGUUAUGAUAUCCUAUUAUGAUAUUAGAGCUGCAAACAAUGCAAAGGAAGCACUCCAGGAUACACCACUUAGGCGUCGGAAACUUGACAUACAUUUUUCAAUCCCAAAGGAUAAUCCCUCGGAAAAAGAUACUAAUCAGGGAACUCUGGUUGCUUUCAACCUUGAUGCUUCCAUUUCUAAUGAUGAACUUCAUCAGAUUUUUGGUGUGCAUGGAGAAAUUAAGGAGAUUCGUGAAAUCCCAAACAGAAGUCAGCACAAAUUUAUCGAAUUUUAUGAUGUAAGAGCUGCAGAGAAUGCUCUUCGUGCAUUGAACAGGAGCCAUAUUGCAGGGAAGCAAAUUAAGCUCGAGCCAAGCCGUCCUGGGGGUCCAAGACGUUUGUUGCAACAGAUUCCUACUGCGUUGGAACAAGAUGAGUGUGGACCUUAUGUGAAACAGAACAGCCCUCCCAAUAAUUCAACUGCUGGAUUCCCUGGAGCAGUUUCACAUGGCACAAUUAUUUCCAAUGGCAUGGAUACUGAAACUAUGUUGGGGUUACCCUCUCCCACACAAGCCCGAUUUUUGGAAUCUGCAUUUCGCCAUGGAAUUUCAUCUAGUUUUCCUAAUAGCUUAUCCUCUCUUUUGAGAGCUGAAUCAACUGGCAAUCAAACUGGCCUUGCUGAACCUGCUCAGACACAGGGUCAUUUAAAAUUUGGUAUUCAAGGCUCACCAAAUUUUCAUCCUCAUUCACUUCCGGACUAUUAUGAUGGUUUAAAGAGUGUUGUGUGCUUCAAUUCUCCUGGAAGCAUGGCUGCAAACAUGAGUCCAAAGCCACAUGAAAGAGUCGACAACAGGCAGUUACACAAAAUCAGCUCAAAUGGGAACUCAAUUGAAUUCAAUGUUGGAGGUUUUGGAUCUGCUAAUGGAAGCCCUUCUCUUACUGGACAUCACUAUUCAUGGGGUAACUCCUAUGACUCACAUUCUCCAGGCAUGAUGUGGCUAAACUCACCAUCGUCUGCGAAUGGAAUUUCCAGGACUCAUCCCACAGCACAGCUACAUGUACCUCCUAGAGCACCACCUCCUGUUCUAAACUCUGUCUUACCUGUAACUAACCACCAUGUGGGAUCAGCCCCAACUGUCAAUGCUUCUCUUUGGCACAGGCGACAUGCUUAUGCAGGAGAAUCUCCUGAAAUUGGUUUUCAUCCAGGUUCUCUUGGGAGCUUGAGAAUUUCUAAUAAUUCCAUGCACUCUAUGGAACUUCUCUCUCCUAACAUGUUUCCUUGCGUUGCUGGAAACUAUAUCGACUUAUCAGUCCCCACUAAGAAUGUAGGAAUCCAAUCACACCAUCAGAGAUCUCCAAUUUUUCCUGGCAGGAGCCAAAUGAUUCCAAUGACCAACUCAUUCGAUUCUCCUAAUGAACGUGCUAGAAGCCGCAGAAAUGAAGGAAAUAUUAAUCAGACGGACAAGAAACUUUAUGAACUCGAUAUAUAUCGCAUCUUGCGAGGGGAAGACAACCGGACAACUCUUAUGAUAAAGAAUAUCCCUAACAAGUAUACUUCAAAAAUGCUUUUGGCUGCAAUUGAUGAACGCCAUAAAGGAACUUACGAUUUUAUUUAUCUUCCAAUUGAUUUCAAGAAUAAAUGCAAUGUGGGGUAUGCAUUCAUCAAUAUGACUGACCCAAAACAGAUAGUUCCAUUCUAUCAGGCAUUUAAUGGAAAGAAAUGGGAGAAGUUCAAUAGUGAAAAGGUAGCAUCACUUGCAUAUGCCCGCAUACAAGGAAAAGCUGCUCUUAUUGCACAUUUCCAGAAUUCAAGCUUGAUGAAUGAGGAUAAACGAUGCCGUCCCAUUCUCUUCAAUACUGAUGGUCCAAAUGCUGGUGAUCAGGUGCCCUUUCCAAUGGGGGUUAAUGUUCGAACUAGACCUGGAAAACCUAAAUCCGUCACCCAUGAGGAGAACCAUGUAGGAGGCACACCAAAUUUGGCAAAUAAGGAGUCUUCAAAUGGGGAUGCUUCUUCAGGUACUGGCAAGGAGUCUGACUAAGAAGCCACUUAUUUUUGCUGGCACUAACCUCUUAGGACUGAGUAAUUUAAAUUGGUGCUUCCCAAAGUCUUUGAUUAAAUAUAAUGGGGUGGGAGAUUGAAAAAGCUAUACAUUCUUUUGGCAUUUGAGAAGUCUUACAUUUUUAUGGAAAACAAAGCAUAGCCACAUCAAAAGUGGUUGUCUGAUAUCCUUGAGUUUUCUUUAAUUUCGGAAACUGUUAGAAGAAGCCUCAGGUGAAGCUUCAAAAUUUUGGAUGUUCUUGAGAGUAACAUAUAUAAAAUAGAUGUACAGGAGUUUCUGAGCAAUGGAGGAAUCUUCAACUGAGGUUCUGGAGGCCUCUCUAACACAACUUUUUCUAGCACUUCUCUUUUUUCUAUUUGUUCUAUUAUUGUGAGGGUCUCAGACUAUAAGUAUUUGCUGAGAUGUACAAGCCAGUGAGUGAUGAACUGAUGAUGCCGUGUAUCAUUAUUCCUUCUUAAGAAACGUGCAGUCUCCAUAACUUUCAAAUUACAUCCAUGAUCUAUUUUUAAUUGGA